AUGGUGCCAAUCUCGAUGCAGUCAGCGCUCUUCACUUUUAUUUCAAUGUUCGCCGUCGCAGUCCUCUUCAUUUCUCAUCCGCCCACGCUUUUCGUCGCUACGCUCAGCAUUCUCAGCACCAGCAUAGGAGUGUUUGGCAUCAUGUCAUUGUUGGGAGCUGACCUCGACCCUAUCAUGAUGUCAGCUACGGUAAUGAGUAUCGGUUUUUCUGUCGAUAUCCCAUCACACGUUAGCUACCAUUAUUAUCAAACAGGGAAGGAAACAAACUGUGUCAAAACCCGCUUGAAAAAGACUGUCACUGCUGUUGGAUUUCCUAUCAUGGAGGCUUCCCUGUCCACUACUCUUUGUGUACUCAGUCUCUUCUUUGUUCAGUUGCACAUGUCAAAGAUAUUUGCCCAGUGCAUGCUCCUCGUCGUGUUAAUCGGAAUGAUUCAUGGCCUCCUUGUCAUACCGGUGAUCUUCAAUUUAAUAGCAGCUCUGCCCUUCAGGUACUCAUAUCGUGUUUCUAGUCGCCGAUAA